AUGGAGCCUGAUCUCUCGCACAGCAUCUCGCACCACCCGCACGCGUUUAAAACCCAAUCUCAGUCGGCCAGCUCAAUAUCGCUUCCGCAUACGCAUUCCCAUCAUCGACAUCAUCAUCAUCAUCAUCACCAUCAUCCGUCUCCGAUGGGCAGGUACGGAGCCGCAGCCAGUAGUACCGGAUGUGAAGCUACGGAUGGAGAGGACCACGGAGUGACCCGCCACCGCGACGUCGAGGUAGAGAGCCAGCGAACCGGUCGCCUCCCGCUCGUCAGCGCCGAGCACGACCCUUACGGAUUGUCGCAGCGAUACAAGACGCCUUCGGAGCUGGCGGCCAUCAAGGCAAACACGUCUAGAAAGCGCGAUGCCGCCGUCCGGCCCGAUUCCUCGGGCGUUGCCAGCACCGUGGGUGGAGCCUCGAACUCCGGCUCCGGCUCCGGCUCUCAGGCGCACGGAUCCGGGUCAAAGUGGAGACCGCCCAUCGGCCGCUCCGCCUUACAAGCCCGCCGCGUCCGGGGCUUCUAUGAAGCCCAAAACGAGACCAUCGAGCGCAUGCUCAAGAGCGUAGAAGAGCACGUCGCCGAGGCGCGUCAGGAACAGGGAGACGACCACCUCAAGUUCCAGAUCGCGGUCUGGGGCUCUUUGAUCGCCAACAUCAUCCUUACAGUCCUCCAGCUCUACGCAGCCAUCUCGUCCGGUUCGCUCUCCCUCUUCACCACCAUGGCGGACGCAAUCUUUGACCCGCUCAGCAACGUGACCUUGAUCCUGACCAAUCGGGCCGUGAACCGUGUUGACCCAGCCCGUUUCCCCUCAGGUAAAGCCCGCCUGGAGACGGUGGGCAACAUCACCUUCUGUUUCAUCAUGACGGCUGUGUCAGUCGUGCUCAUCGCCUUCUCGGCACAGGACCUAGCGCAGCACGACAAGCAGGACGAUACCAAGGAUUUCUACUUGCCCAGUGUCAUCGCCGUGUGCGUCGCCUUCGCGACCAAGUUCUCGCUCUUCCUGUACACCUGGUCGCUGAAGGACAAGUACAGCCAGGUGCGCAUCCUGUGGCAGGACCACCGCAACGACCUACUCGUCAACGGGUUCGGUAUCCUCACCUCUGUCGGCGGCGCCAAGCUGGUGUGGUGGCUCGACCCUGCGGGCGCCAUCUUUCUGAGCGUCAUCAUCACGGCCAUCUGGCUGCGCACUGCCUUUACCGAGUUCCUGCUGCUGGUGGGCGUCACGGCUAGCGUGGAGAUCCAGCAGCUGAUUACCUACGUGUGCGUCACGCACUCGCCCUUGAUCAAGCAGAUCGAUACCGUGAGGGCUUAUCAUUCCGGCCCGAGGCUGAUUGCCGAGGUGGACGUGGUCAUGGACCCGGACGCGACGCUGAUGGAGACGCAUGAUGUGGCGGAGGAACUGCAGAUGAAGCUGGAGAGCUUGCCGGAUGUGGAGAGGGCGUAUGUCCAUGUUGACUACGAGACUACGCAUAAGCCGGAGCAUGCUUUCAAGAAGGACUUGUAA